AUGGCCGAGCGGAGGAUUCUAGUCCACAUGGCAGAACAAUGGAAAUCAGUGGGACGCCAUUUUUGCGAGAUUUGCAAGGUAUGGUUCGCGAACAACAAGAUCUCUUUGGACAACCAUGAACGUGGCGAAGGACACAAAGCGAAACUGCAACAACGAAUCCGUGAAACAAUGCAAAAAGGGAAGAAACAAGAGUUGGCCGACAUGAAAUUGAAUGGAACACUCGCGAAAAUGGAAGCGGCGGCGGCGGCGUCGAUGGCAAGGCAUGGGGAAGGAGUACUCGCGGGACCGAGUCUCCCGCCGACUGGAUUAUUCAGAAUGAACAUUUUCGAUCCGACGAAACACAAAGAUGUCGGGGCGAUGGCGAAGGAAAUGGCGACGAGACGGGAGGCUGGUGCCGUCAAAAGGGGCGCGGCGACGGCAGUGGGCGGGGCGCCGGAUCUGAAGAUUUCUAAAGGGGAUGUGGUGUCCGCGUACAGAGAUUUAACGAAUCCGAACGCAGCUGGUCCCGCCCUUCCAGAACAUCUCGCAGUCGGCUAUAUGCCUGAAACUCAAGUACAAUGUGCUGAAAUCGCGUGGGUACGGGCGAAAAAUCCGGAUGGACCAGGGAGUUACUAUUGGAAUCUGUUUGAUAAUUCGACGAGAUGGGAUACACCGAAUCAUUUCUACACCGAGAAACAAUACGAACAGAAAUGUCGAGAUUUCGAAGAGCAGAGGACGAAGAAUUAUUAUGGAAUGGAUGAGGUUCAGGUGGUUCGAAGUGGUAAAAAAGACGUCGAAUCGUACAUCAAAUCGCAAAUCGCCGCAUCAGGACUCACAGAUCUCGUGGAAUCGAAUAGAAAAGAGCAAAACUAUAAGGAAUAUCGUCCGCCGAGUGACGGACGGAAGCUGACGAAAGAGCAGAAAAAAGCGUUGUGGGAGGAGAGACGCAGAGAAAAAGAGAAGAAAUGGAGAGAAAGGGAAGCGGAGGAGAAAAAGAAACGGAAGGAAAUGGAAGGAAAUCAAGAAGAGGAAGAGAUUAGUGAUGAGGAGGAGGACGGUAGUGAAGUGGAUGAUGACGAGGAGGAGGAAUUCGAGAUUGUUGGUACCCCUGAACGCGAGGCGAUGCUCGACGAGCCGUACGAAGAGAUGCUCGAAGCUCCGCCCCCUUCUCAAAAACCCGAAAAAAUGCCAGAAAUCGGACUGAUCGAACCGCCGAAACCGUCAUUUAUUCCACCAGAAAACGCGCCACAGGCACGCCAGUCGAUUCCGGCGGCACCGUACGGAGCGUGGAUUAAAGUGGAGAAAACGGAGAAAACGGAGAUAUUCGAAUCGCCACUGACCGCCCGUUUUCGUGAAGAAGAGGCCGAGAGAGUGGAGGAAGAAGAGAAAAAGAGAGCCGAAGAGCCGAAAUUCGAGUUUGGAGAGAAGACGGCGACGGUUAUGACGAAAAAAGUAAAAGGACCAAUCGAGUUCAAAAAGAAGUCUGGAAAUCGGAAUAUCCGAAAACGAGAGGAUUGA